AUGCCUUCACUCUUCAAGAGAUCGAAGAAGGAGAAGGAGAAGGAGAAGGAGAAGGAAGCCGAAGCAGAGGCCGAAAAGGCUAGAGCGGGCCGUGCUGCGACACCACCGCCGACUUACGAAGAUGCGCAGGACCAACCGCCGGCUUUCGAAGAUGAGCCGCCGUCAUUCGAAUCUCUGCAUGGAUCCAAGGGAGGAAAGCAAGUCCCUACUGAAGCAGACGUCGCAAAUGUGACCGCCGCCUUCGCUUCCUUGCGGCUCGGCACCCAAAGAGAUCCCGAUGUCGACUCUUGCCUCGCGCAUCUGAAGCUGCUUUACGCAAUUCAGACACUCAAGGAGGAAAUCGGUUACACAGAUGGGCUCUGGGACAUUUGGGACUCGCGUGCUGGCCCCAAAGCUGACAGCGAGGAGGCGGGUUCUAGCAAGAAAACAGAGGAUCAUGUCAAGGAGGUCCUCUCCAAGAUCCGUGAGAAACGCUGGGCGGUUUUCCUGGCGCGAGCAGUCGACCGAUACGAGACAUGGUGGAAGAUGAUGCCGGGUGAGCGCUUGAAGGAAGAGGACAUGAAAACCCAGUCUGACAAGUACCUCACGUUCCCGGAUGGAGGCGAAGACUUUCCUUGGACAGUUGAUAUUCUCCCACCUCUUGAUGUCUUGAUGGUAUGGCACGCGCAUAUGCUCAACCCUAGAGCCUUUCUGGAGGACGCCAUGCGCUACGGGCUCAAGACGUUCUGGACAACCGGCAUGCCUUGGGCUCAGGUCCACGAGAUCAUCGACUCGAAGUUCAAUUACAAUGCCACCGAUGCGGCCAAGGCUAACUGGGAGGCGACGACUGGACGUGCUUGGCACAACGUUGAGGAAUCUAUGGCAAAACAUCUCGAGUGUCCCGCUUGCAAGCAAGACGUUGAGGUUCCAUGGACAACCUGCGGGUUACCAGAGCUCUACAAGGGCCAAGGGAGGCCAGGUCUAUUUGGAACGGGAUACGGAGAUGGCAGUUUCGAGCAGCUGUGCACCGCAGGGUGUAACACCCUCAUCACCCAACGUCUCCUCUCCGUAGCCAAGAUGACCAACGAUGCAGAGCAGUACAUAGCAUCGAACUUCACCGUCCCCAGCUCUGUUCUCGACCCCAAAGUCGGCAUGCCAAUUCCACCAGGACCACCGUCAACGAAGCUGACGCAAGCUUUGUUCCCGAACAGGCUCCUCGGUCUGGGCAUCAUCGAGGAUCUCAGAAAUCUCGUCGUUCCGGGAUCGCGGACGCGACCAACUAUGGAAACCGUGCGCGAUAUUAUAGAAGCUGCGUUGACCGACAAUGAUGCAUACAGGAGGAUUCAGGGAGCGGAUGCCGCGUCUUUCAGCAAGAAGGACCUCGCCAACGGCAGGGUGUUGACGCGAGUUGAACGUUUUCAAAGCCGGAAGAUGAUGUCGCGAUAUUGGGACAACCAUUCCAUCUUCGCAUUGGACCUCAUCGGUGCGACCAUGAGACAGGGUGUGUUUGUUGAGAAGAUGUAUGGUAUUGACUGGUUACAUGGCCCCAAUCAGCGCGGCACGAUGGAUCGUCUGCUUCAGAAAUACUCUCGCUUCAUGCUCGUCAUGAUGGAGAAUCCGAACACUCUUUGCGUGCCAACCCUGGAUGUCGACCUUGCGUGGCAUGCCCAUCAGCUGGCCCCGAGGGCGUAUUACAAGUUCUGCACCUUCAACACUGCGACAAAGGGGAACAAGGAAUCUAGAUUCAUCGAUCACAACGACAAGAUUGACGAAGACAAGCUCUCAGUCUCGUUCGAGUCCACGAGCAAAAUGUAUCUCGAGAAGUUUGGAGACGUGUACUCGGAGUGUAUUUGCGGAUACUGCGAUGCUAUCGACGCUUUCAACGCAACCGCGUCACCUUCAGCUCCGGGCACCGAAGUCCACAUAUCAACCCAUAACGCAGUGCACUCAAAAGAGACCUCAGCCCGAAAACACGUCCGAUUUCAGCAGCGGCUAGUCUGGAAGAAUCGCCUGGACGGUGCUUACGAGCGCGCAGAGAAGCGCGCGGCCAAAAAGGGUGUAAAGCUGCCCCCAAGAGACCAAUACUACAACCACUGGGGCAGCACGUAUCACCGAUACGGACCCUGCAUGUAUCCCGCGUAUCUCACGGCAGGCAUCUACGCCUCCGGAGAUCCCGGCAUCAUACACGCCGGUUAUCACACCUGGGCCAACUGCGCUCAGGGGAUCUGCGGGAACAACGACAUCUCUGCAGGUGGAUGUGGUGGUCCUGGAGGCUGUACCAACUUGGAUGGAUAUUGGGGCGGCAGCAGGAUCACCUCGAAUGGCCUGUGCGGCGGUAUGGCAGCAACCACCAUUGGGGUCGGCGGAGCUGGUUGUGGUGGAGGAGGUGGCUGUGGUGGCGGCGGUUCAUAA